CUUUUCGUCGCCGCCAUGUCGGGCGGUGGUGUGAUUCGUGGCCCGGCAGGGAACAACGACUGCCGCAUCUACGUGGGUAUCUUUCCUCCAGACAUCCGAACCAAGGACAUCGAGGACGUGUUCUACAAGUACGGUGCUAUUCGCGACAUCGGUCUCAAGAAUCGCCGCGGAGGACGGCCCUUCGCCUUCGUUGAGUUCGAAGACCCGCGAGACGCGGCCGACGCGGUGUGCGGCCGCGACGGCUGUGAUUGCGAUGGAUGCCGUCUGCGGCUGGAGUCUCCUCCGAGCGGCCGCGGUACAGGCCGAGGCGGCGGCGGGGGUGGAGGUGGCGGGGCUCCCCGAGGCCGCUAUGGCCCGCCAUCCAGGCGUUCGGGAAACAGAGUGCUUGUCUCUGGACCGCCUCCAAGUGGAAGCUGGCAGGAAUUGAAGGAUCACAUGCGUGAAGCAGGUGAUGUACGUUGUGCUGGUGUUUACCGAGAUGGCACUGGCGUCGUGGAGUUUGUACGGAAAGAAGAUAUGACCUAUGCAGUUCGAAAACUGGAUAACACUAAGUUUAGAUCUCAUGAGGGAGAAACUGCCUACAUCCGGGUUAAAGUUGAUGGGCGCAGAAGUCCAAGUUAUGGAAGAUCUCGAUCUCGAAGCCGUAGUCGUAGCAGAAGCCGUAGCAGAAGCAACAGCAGGAGUCGCAGUUACUCCCCAAGGAGAAGCAGAGGAUCACCACGCUAUUCUCCCCGUCAUAGCAGAUCUCGCUCUUGUACAUAAGAUGAUUGGUGACACUUUUUGUAGAACCCAUAUUGUAUACAGUUUUCCUUUACUCAGUACAAUCUUUUCAUUUUUUUAAUGCAAACUGUUUUGUUCAGAAUGGGCUCAAGUGUUGAAUUGCAUUCUUGUGUAAUAUCCCCUUGCUCCUAACAUCUACAUUCCCCUCAUGUCUGAUAAAUUGUAUUUUAAGUGAUGUCAUA